AUGGCGUUCCAAGCACCCAUAGGUUUCCAGAAUGUGGCUUCUGCUACUACGGAGCUAUGGCCAUUAAUGCAUUCUGCACUCUUGACACCUUGGCAGGCUGGCAGUCGGCAUACCCCAGUCCCAUCCACCGCCGCGAAUCGACGGCACAUGAACGGGACUCGAUCACCGUCGUCAGAUGGAUUUCAGACUGGAAGUGCGACGUCAGCUGCAACUUCGCCCAAGCAAUUGAGUUCAAGCGCACAGGCUCUGAGAGCGACAAAGCCUGUCCUUCCGGAGUGUUUGAACAAUGCUCCCUUAGCCGCUUUGCGGGCUCAGUCAUCGCCAGCCAUUUUUGGGGGAAAACAUGAUGUUGGAAAUAGGUUUGCAUUCAACCAAUCCACCCUCCAAAAAGCCAACCCGCUGGCCUGGCGAUUAACAAACAACAUUCGAAACGUUCGUCCAUACUCCUCAAUCUCCGCUUUUGGUCUCAAUAAACCAAUGAUGAGACCUUUUCCUUGGAGCAUACCACAUCAACGAUCAUUCUCCGCUGGCAGCUCUUCCAGGAACCUACUCGCACACAUGGAACAAACGGCAAACAACAACCCCCAGAGCGCCACUGCCCAGAACGCCUUCUAUACGGCACUAUUACGUGCCAACAUGGCGGACAUCAUUGUAGAGAGGUAUCAGACCGGCCGGUAUGCUACCAACCCUGCCUGUGAAACGACAUAUCUCCGGGCUCUCGAGAAAGUUGGUCAGUCAGAAAAAGCUGCGGCGAUCAUUUCCAACAAAGGAGCAGAUGGAUCGUCUGGGGCACUCAGCACUGAUCAACUCCAGGCCAUUGGUCAUGCAGUCGCUGCGCAGUCCAGGGGCGGCAACAUUGCACUUGCGCGAAACAGAGGCGCCCAAGGUACCGGUGCCAAGGAAUCUCCAUUAUAUGUCGUCGUAGAGGAAUCGAUUGGAGGCACAAUCUUCAAAUGGGCAAAAUUUCUUCUCUAUUUUGCUCUCGUUGCAUACUUCUCCCUCGUCCUUGCUACCGUCGUUAUCGAGACCACUGGAAUCUUAAAGAAAGUGGGAGGAAGCCAGACAAACGAGGCUCGACCGGAGCAUCAAAACGUUCGCUUCAGCGAUGUUCACGGAUGCGAUGAGGCCAAGGAGGAGCUUCAGGAGCUUGUCGAAUUUUUGAAGGCGCCGGAAAAAUUCUCUAGCCUCGGUGGAAAGCUUCCCAAGGGUGUGCUUUUGGUUGGCCCUCCAGGGACAGGCAAAACACUCCUUGCUCGCGCGGUAGCUGGAGAAGCUGGUGUCCCCUUCUUUUUCAUGUCUGGUUCCGAGUUCGAUGAAGUCUACGUUGGAGUUGGUGCAAAGCGUGUGCGAGAACUUUUCAAUGCCGCCCGCGCAAAAGCCCCAGCCAUUGUAUUCAUUGACGAACUUGACGCGAUUGGUGGAAAGCGAAAUGAAAGAGACGCGGCCUAUGUCAAGCAGACCUUGAACCAACUUCUCACGGACCUGGAUGGCUUCGAGCAAAAUUCUGGAGUCAUCUUCCUAGCUGCCACCAACUUUCCUCAGCUGCUCGACAAGGCCCUUACUCGCCCUGGUCGAUUUGAUCGCAAUGUGGUGGUACCGCUCCCGGAUGUUCGUGGCCGCGUUGAGAUUCUGAAGCAUCAUAUGAAGAAUAUUCAAAUCGGAACGGAUGUCGAUGCCGCUGUCAUUGCUCGAGGAACCCCUGGCUUCUCGGGCGCUGAACUGGAGAAUGUCGUCAACCAAGCCGCAGUUCAUGCCAGUCGCAACAAGGCAAAGAAAGUUGGCAUGAUGGAUUUUGAAUGGGCCAAGGACAAGAUUUUGAUGGGUGCCGAAAGGAGGAGCGCUGUUAUUCAACAAAAGGACAAGGUCAUGACCGCAUACCAUGAAGGUGGUCAUGCAUUGGUUGCAAUGUUCACUGCAGGCGCGGACCCUCUUUAUAAAGCUACCAUCAUGCCUCGUGGUCAGGCGCUAGGUAUCACCUUCCAGCUCCCCGAGCUCGACAAAGUUUCCAUGGUCAAGCGGGAGUAUCUCGCUCACAUUGACAUUUGCAUGGGCGGAAAAGUUGCCGAAGAACUCGUCUACGGGCCGGAGAAUGUAACAAGCGGAGCGGCAUCGGACAUUCAAAAGGCUACGCAAAUCGCUUAUGCCAUGGUGACUCAGAUGGGCAUGUCUGACCUCAUCGGAAAUGUUGAUCUCAAUACCGACUAUGCUCGGCUGUCGUCCGAGACCAAGCAAACGAUUGAGCGAGAGGUUCGACGACUGGUCGAGGAAGGCAGAGAUCGAGCAACGCGCCUCUUGACGAGCAAGAGAAAAGAGCUGGACAUAUUAGCCAAUGCCCUUGUCGAGUACGAGUCUCUCAACAAAGAAGAAAUGGAGAAAGUUCUUCGUGGAGAGAAACUACCGGACAGGGUCACAAGCCUGCCAAAUGUCCCUUUGAAACUACCGGAAUCCCUUAUGCCACCGGGUCUGAAAGGCGCUGGCGGCGAAGGCGCUCCUCCUCCACCGGGGCGAGGAGAUGAUGGAGGUGCAACCCUUUAA